AUGGGAUUAUCUAAUUCUUUUGUUAGUCUGGAAGUCGACGACAGCUGUUUCAGUCUCAAUGCCAAUACAUCGCAAAACAAUUUCAAGUCCCUUUCAUGA